CCAAUUUAAGCAUUUAAAACAGUGAAUGUCCCUGUAAACACUGCUUAAGCUGCAUUCUAUGUAUUUUGAUAUUUUGUAUUUUAGUUUUCAUUUAGUUCAAAAUAUUUUCUAAUUUCUCUUGUGAUUUCUUCUUUGAAUUAUGGUUUAUCUGGAAGUAUAUCAUUUAAUUUCCAAAUAUUUGGAGAUUUUCCAUGUAUCUCUUUGUUACUGAUUUUAAUUAUUAUGGGGUUGGAGAAUGUACUCUAUGAUUUCAGCCUUUUAAAGUUUGAGGCUCAUUUUAUGGCCCAGAAUAUAGUCUAUCUUGGUGAAUAGCUCAGGUGCGCUCGAAAAGAACGUGUGACCUUGAGCAGGUCUCGUCACUUACUCUGAACUUGAGGUGCCUUGUCUGUACGCUGCCCUUCUCACCUGUGGGUAAGAAGCAGGCAGUGGGGAGCUUUGAGAUGUGGGUAGCUCUUGGUCCUGUAGGCAACGUGCCCUGUCUUUUGACCUUGCAGAUGGAGUGUGAGGCGGAGCGCCGCCCCUUGGGUGUGUUUGAGUGCCAGCUCUGUGCCUUAACUGCUCCGUAUAGCUACGUGGGGCAGCAGCCCCCCGGCGCCCAGUCUGUCGCAGGUUUGGGCCAUUCUGCCCACCGGCGCCACUUCCUGUCCCGCAGCCUCCUGGAGGAGAGCUACGUCAUGAGGGACCCCUUCACCCCCAGCAAGGACAGAUUCCUGAUCCUCGGCUCGAGAUGCAGCGUAUGCGGCAGGCUGGUGUGCGUGGGCCCGGACUGCAGUUUAUUCUACUCCAAGAGAUUUUGCCUCCCCUGUGUCCGGGAGAACAUUGAUGCUUUCCCUCAGGAAAUUCAGCAAGACUUGGAGAAAAGGAAAGUCCCAUCCAAGAGGCCUGCCAGCCAGCCUGGUUCUCGAACAUGAGUCCAGUCGGGUACCAGGUCCGCAGCAGUGUGCUGCACGGGGCUCCUGGCCAGCGGGCUUCUGUGGCCUGGCUCGGAGAUGGGGCCAAGCUGGGAGCCGCUGUCACCGACCUUGUUUCUGGGCCAUCGGGAGCCGUGUCUGCAGCCAGAGGGGGCUGGGGUCCGCCUGCAGCAGCAACAGGGCCAGGAGCCACGCAGAGAGGGCGCCCAAAAGGCAGACCCCAGACCCCGGUGCUCCGAAGACCGCAGCACCCCCGCCCUCACGGCGCCCACCUUAGCAAUUGGUGAGACACUGAGUGUGGGCUCACCAUGUGCCUGCCAGUUCUUAGAGGGCAGGAACUGCUCUGUGCGAUUCUGUAGUUUCCGCAGGACCAGCGCACACUGCCUGGAGGGUGUUAGAAACGUGUUUGAUGAGAGUAUGAAUAAAGGGCUUUUACUGAC